AUUUCAAAUUGCUUGCAACUUAAUAAUUAGGAUAAAAAUGUACACACUUAAGAUUUUUCUUUUUAUUGUUCCUCUAGUUAUUUCCUCCAGAAUUGACCAAGACAAUUCAUCAUUUGAUUCUCUAUCUCCAGAAUCAAAAUCAAGAUUUGCUAUGUUAGAUGAUGUGAAAAUUCUAGCCAAUGGCCUUCUUCAGUUAGGGCAUGGUCUUAAAGACUUUGUCCACAAGACUAAAGGACAAAUUAAUGACAUUUUUCAAAAACUCAACAUAUUUGAUCAGUCUUUUUAUGACCUUUCAUUACAAACCAAUGAAAUCAAGAAAGAAGAAAAGGAACUAAGAAGAACUACAUCAAAGCUACAAGAGAAAAAUGAAGAGGUGAAGAAUAUGUCACUGGAACUCAACUCAAAACUUGAAAGUCUCCUAGAAGAAAAAAUUCUACUUCAACAAAAAGUGCGAUAUUUGGAGGAGCAAUUAACUAAUUUAAUUAAAAAUCAACCUGAAAUUCAUGAACACCCAGAAUUAACUUUAUUGAAAAUUUUUGUAGAACAGCAAGAUAACAAUAUCAAAGACCUUCUCCAGACUGUGGAAGACCAAUAUAAACAAUUAAACGAACAGCAUAAUCAAAUAAAAGAAAUAGAAGAUCAGCUCAGAAGGACUGGAAUUCAAGAACCCACAGAAAAUUCUCUUUCUUCCAAGCCAAGAGCACCAAGAACUACUCCCUCUCUUCAGCUGAAUAAAACAAAAAAUGCAGAACAUGAUGGCAUUCCUGCAGAUUGUAACACCAUUUAUAACAGAGGUGAACACAGAAGCGGUGUGUAUGCCAUUAGACCCACCGACUCUCAAGUUUUUAAUGUCUACUGUGAUAUAAAAUCAGGUAGGCCAUGGACACUAAUUCAACACCGAAUAGAUGGAGCACAAAACUUCAAUGAAACUUGGGAGAACUACAAACAUGGUUUUGGAAAGCUUGAUGGAGAAUUCUGGUUGGGCCUAGAGAAGAUCAGUGCCAUAGUGAAGCAAUCCACUUAUAUUUUACGAAUUGAGCUAGAAGACUGGAAAGACAACAUGCAUUAUAUAGAAUAUUCUUUCCACUUGGGAAAUCAUGAAAGCAACUACACAGUGCACCUCGCUCAGAUUUCUGGCAAUGUUCCCACAGCACUCCCAGAGCAUAAAGAUUUGGUGUUUUCUACAUGGGAUCAUAAAGCAAAAACACACCUCAAUUGUCCAGAAAGCUAUUCAGGAGGCUGGUGGUGGAAUGAAGAAUGUGGAGAAAGCAACCUAAAUGGUAAAUAUCACAAACCAAGAACAAAAUCUAAAUCUGAGAGGAGAAGAGGGAUAUGCUGGAAGUCUCAAAAUGGAAUGUUAUACUCCAUCAAAUCAACCAAAAUGCUGAUCCAUCCAAAAGAUUCAGAAAGCUUCGAAUGAACAGAGACCAAUUAAAAGGUCAAUAAAUCAAACAUUAAACUCA